AUGCCCAAGAACAAGGGAAAGGGCGGUAAGAACCGUCGUCGUGGAAAGAACGAGAACGACAACGAGAAGCGUGAGCUCGUCUUCAAGGAAGAGGGUCAGGAGUAUGCGCAGGUCGUGAAGAUGCUUGGUAACGGCCGUCUCGAGGCACUCUGCUUCGAUGGCGAGAAGCGUCUCGCUCACAUCCGUGGCAAGCUCCGCAAGAAGGUCUGGAUCAACCAGGGUGACAUUAUCCUUCUCUCGCUGCGUGACUACCAAGACGAAAAGGGCGACGUCAUCAUGAAGUACACCGCCGACGAGGCCAGAAGUCUCAAGGCCUACGGCGAGUUGCCCGAACACGCCAAGAUCAACGAGACCGACACCUACGGCCACGAGGGCUUCGAGGACAAUGUCGAGUUCGACGAGGACCGCGAGAGCGAAGACGAGAAGGAGAUCGAUGUCGACGAGCUCUAA